AUGGGUUAUCCAGACAAGUUCGAAGGUUUCAUGAUCAACGACCACGACAAGUGGACUGAUUGUAAGAGAAAAACCUCCUUCAAACCCAAAGUCUUUGGCGACAACGAUGUCGAUAUCAAGAUUGAGUGCUGCGGCGUCUGCGGUAGUGAUGUACACACCAUCAACGGCGGCUGGGGUGGUGCCCCUCUGCCUAUCUGCGUAGGACAUGAGAUUGUUGGCAAGGCUAUCAAGGUCGGGUCCAAGGUCAAGACCGUCAAGGAGGGCGACCGCGUUGGCGUUGGCGCUCAGAUCUGGGCCUGCCUGAAGUGCCCUCAGUGCAAGAGCGAUAACGAGAACUAUUGCCCGCACCAAGUUGACACCUUCGGUGCCCCCUACCCCAAGGAGGUCGAUCCGGACGAGACAAUUACUCAAGGCGGCUACGCCUCACAUAUUCGUGCUCAUGAGUAUUUCGUCUUCCCUAUACCAGACGCGAUCCCAUCGGAGCUGGCAGCACCCAUGAUGUGCGCGGGAUUGACUGUCUGGUCACCUCUGAAAAGAGCGGGUGUUACCAAGGGCAAAAAAGUAGCGGUCGUGGGAAUGGGUGGUCUCGGCCAUUUCGCCGUUCUUUGGGCCGCGGGUCUCGGUGCCGAAGUGACUGUCAUCUCGCACUCCCCACGUAAGAAGGACGAUGCCAUCAAGUUAGGCGCCAAGGAGUUCGUGCUCAGCAACGAGGAAGGCUGGGAGAAGCCGCUUGCGUUCAAGUUCGACUUUGUGCUCAACACCGCCGAUAUGACCCACACUUUCGACAUCGCCAAGUACCUAUCGAUUUGCAACGUCAAUGCUCCCUUCCACCAGGUCGGCCUGCCCGAUGAGCCUCUUCCUCCGUUCAAGGCUCAGGGUUUCAUGGCGAACGGUUCUUCUAUUGGCGCGUCCCACAUUGGCUCACGACCGGAGAUGCUGGAUAUGCUCAAGUUCUCCGCCGACAACAAGCUAUUCCCUAUGGUUGAGACCCUGCCUGUUGGUGAGAAGGGUUGCGCAGAGGCUGUUGAGCGCGUUUCCAAGAACAAGGUUGCUUAUCGCUUCACUUUGACCGACUACGAAAAGGCAUUCGGUGCCUAA